AUAUUCGGAUUGAAAGGACGUCGUUUAACCGCGUCGCCACCUGAAAACCAAUCUAAAACCCGCAGAAAACUCCGCCAGCACCGUCGUCGUUUCUCUCUCGCGAGAAGAGCUCAGCAGGAUUCCUAGAGAGAGAGCUGCUGCUGCUGCUGCAUUUUCAUGGUGGAGGGAGAGAGAUGAGCUCUCGCGGCUUCGCACCUCUCGAUUUCGCCCUCUUCCCCAAGCCGUCCUCCCUCUCCAGAGGAGCCUCCUCCGCUCGGUUAUCCUUCUCUGCGUCUUGCCUCCGUCGCUCCAACCGCGUCGGUGGAGCCGCCGCCGCUUCCCGGCCAAUCCUCUUCCCCGGACGCCGAGGCGGCUUCGGUCGCGGCAUACGCAGUGCUUCCAAUGCGGGUUCCGGUCCCGAGUCGGUCGCCACGUCGGCAGGCUCCGUUGAGGAAGACCCCGAGGCGGCCCAGCUCUUCGAGAAACUGAAAGAUGCCGAGAGACAACGGAUAAGUAAGCUGGAAGAGCUUGAACGGAAGGCAAAUGUCCAAUUAGAGAGGCAGCUGGUCAUGGCUUCGAGUUGGAGCAGGGCCUUGCUGACUAUGCGGGGAAAGUUGAAAGGAACAGAGUGGGAUCCUGAGAAUUCGCAUAGGAUUGAUUACAGUGAUUUUCUGGGUCUUCUUAACACCAAUAAUGUCCAGUUUGUUGGGUAUUCGAAUUAUGGCCAGACAAUGUCAGUUUUAUGCAGUAAUCUUACCUUGCUAUAAAGAUGGACAUAGACAAGAAACCCAAGGGAAUUCACGGAAAGAAAUAGUUUUCUGGCGCCAUGUGGUUGACCGUAUGCCGAGAUUGCUGGAAUGAUGUCUGGCAAAAGUUGCAUCAACAAAUAGUGAAUGUUGAUGUAAUUAACGCAGACACAGUCCGUGCUGAAGUUUACUCUACUGUAGCAACUGCAGUGAUGUGGUAUGUGGCUUGCCUUGUCAAUUGGCUUGUACUUUUGCAGUGAGCUCUUCUUUGUUCACUGCAAAAAAUAUACUGAUCCAGCUACAGAGAAGGCUAUGAAAGAGCACUUAGAAGCUUGUUCCUGCAAUUUGCUAUACUGAUGUGCUUACAUGCUGUAUGUGAAAUCUUUGUAGAAUUACUGUCAACUAGGCUAAAAGUUUAAACUGUUAGAUUGAGACUUGAUUUAACCUUUAAAUGCUCCAACACUUCCCUUCAUGUGGAGGCUGAAAUUUGACCUAAGACCGAAGCAUGAAAAUUUGUACGUGGGGAGGCAUAUGUUGGACUUAAAGAGAUUUGUACUAGGAAUUUGCAAGGCUACCUCCAAUUAAUCCGAACGCUAAAGUUAUUGAUGAAAACAUGGUAGAAUAUUUAAAUGCUUAUUAUGUAUGGAGCAUUUUCUUCAUUCUUCAUCAUCUUUGAAGGCUUUCUAUUGUCUGAAACUGUUUUUAGUCUUAAUAACAGUGUAAAGAUACUUCUUUGAACUUUUGAGUUGCUUGUACUUUAUUCUCCUCAGCUUCAACUUGAGAUCUUUACUUAAGCCAGGCAUUUAUGCAUUUUAUUUAUUAAGUUUUUAGUUCUUGUUCUCUCUCUCUCUCUCUCUCUCUCUCUCACACACACAGACACACACAGACACACACACAUCUCUACCUGCUGCUAUUAUAGGAUGGUGCAGAGAGGGAACAAGGUCUGCUUCAGAUACCGACAGAAAUGGAUGAUUUUAAAGUCUCUACGUCACAGCUUGCUUUGAUAUAGUGCAAACAUUGGUGCCUCUUAACGAAAAUUUGAACUAUGUAAAAGGAAAACUUAACCACAAGAUCCCUAAACUGCAGACAGGGAUGACUGCAUUUGGAAAAGCAUACCAUAGAAAUCAGGGCAAUCUUGUGCCAAAUGUACGUAUGGCUAAUACAAGUAUGACAACAUUGUAUUUUGGCCCAUAAAAGAGCUACUUUUUGAAACAAUUGUCCAAAUAUAUUGAAAUAAAUAUAAGAACUUGAUUAGUUUUAACAGCUAGCAGCAAGAAUGGAAGCUCUUGGAGAUGAAUUCAUGCAGUUUUCUGUGGAAAAAUGCCCCUUGGUAUUUCGGGAAUACCAGUCAGCUGUAGGGACAAUCACAGGUCCUGUUUCUUAUUUAACAAGUCAUUUAAUUUUGAGUAAUUUAAUGUUGAAGAUAAAUGUUAGUGCACUUGAAGAUUAUUUUUUUAAUGGGUUUUAUGGCUUCUUAGUGAUACUAAAUUCUCUUUCCUAGUUCCUUAUUGUGGUUAUGCUUCAGAGGUGUUUUAUUGGAAAAAGGAGAUAAAAGCCGAUACCUCGGGAUUUAUUUCAUGAGAUAUUAAAAAUAUUUGCUUUGGUUGUUUAGUGGUCACUGUUCUGCAAUUGGAUUGGUUAGUUAUUCUGUGAUGAACCAGUAGGCAUGUGAUCUGUUCUUGCUUAAGCUAUGCCACAUGCAAUCACUUAGGCGAGUGUUGUUGGAAGCAAGAUAACACAAUAAGAAUCUUCAUUAUCUAACUCCGCCUCUAAUUUGGAGGAUUGGAGAAUCAUAGUAGAGGAAAAGGACUUAUUAGAGCUAGCAUAGACUUUUUUAUUGGACCACAUCUUCAUUUUAUAGUUUAAAAUUUGAAAAUAGUUGACCCAUCCAUAAAACUCUAGUCAUCAUAAUUGGCUAUUACUUGGAUGUCUUCAACACCGUCCUAAUCUGGAAUGGGAUUAAUAAAAAAAAAAAAAAACUGGUGAUGCACGCUAAAGAGGAAAAAAGGAAUAGGAAAUUUGGCAAUCAGUACAUGUUCAUCACAAAAAGUAGAAAGAAUUGUUUGUUGCUUCAUGGCUCGGAGGAAUAUGUGAAGUAUUUUUGAACUAUGUGGUUUCAUCAUGUAACACUCAUGUCAAUGACCACAUGGACCUGCUGAAAGCACUAUUCUAUUGUUCCUUGUUCAGCCGUCUGCGAGUCUUGUAGAUGAGUGUGGAGCUCUCGUUCAUGCUGGAUGAUGGGGUAUUUACAGUGUAACACUAUGGUAACGCUACCAGGGAGCGUUACUUUUGCACCUGGAAAUGUUGGACUUUCCACAUUUGCUGCACCUGUAAAUGUGAUUUAGCGAGUUUUAGCUGCUAUAUUUGUUCCCAAGCAAAAUGAUGUUGCCUUGCCCUUCUGUUUCCAUUUAUGUGCAGGCUCAAGUUAUUAGUGAUAAAACUUGGAAGCUGAUUGACGGUGUAUGGGAUAAAAGGGUUUCAGGAAAUCAAAGCUGAAGCUGCCAUAGAGAUGGAAGAAGAAAAUGAAAAACCUCAGCUUCUUAUGGCAAGCCAUUUCUUUUGAAACUACAGCACAUCGGAAAAAUCUUUGGGGUUUGUCCAUAAUCAUGCAUUGCCUUUCUCCAUAUCAACUGUUAUUGAUCAAUUUUAUAAAAUUGAGCAUUUGAUAAGAGUACGUAUUUAACAUGUAUGUAAGCAAUACGAGACAGCUCGAUCUUUUAGGGGAAGCCGUUAUGUCCCAUCAAAGCUAGUAGAGAAACUGAUAGUAGUAGACUCAUAUGCGCCUUUUCCGCAG